UGCUAUUGUACUGGUUGAAUGAGCACGUGACACGAAUGGGGUCACAUAGAACGCAUGUCUAGGCACAAAGGAUAGUGUCUGUCUGUCUGUCUGUCCGCCAGCCUGUCUGUCUGUCUGUACACACAGUAGGCAGCCGUCAGUCAGCCAUAUCCAUCCAUCCAUCUGUCUGUCUGAGAGCCUUCCCCGAGUCAGCCCUCUAAUCAGCCAGUCAACCAACCAAGCAAGCAAAGCAACUAGAGCACCCAGCACCACCCAUCGCAAGCAGCAAAGCACAGAGCAGACACGGACACGCCCACGAAACCAGCCAGCGACAAAUAAAUCAAGGGCGAGUCAUAGAUAGAUUAGAUUGAGGCAGCCAAAGAGGAACGAUAGAUGGUAUGCAUACGCACAUACACACAUAGGUUUGAGGCCCCUGUAAGGGUUCAAGGGGCGGCAAGGGAGGGACACACAGCGAGGCGCGAGAGGGAAAACAGACACUAGACAUACAUACAUUGCCUUGAUGAUGUUCAUGGCACGAUAAGCACGCAGAGGAAGGGACACAGACAGGCAGGCAGACAGACGGGCUGAAAAACGAGUUGGGUUGUAGAAGCUCUCCUCUCUCUCUCUCUCUCUCUCUCCUCUCCCUCUCCCCAGCGGCUUUCAGCAGCUAGUCCAGUCAGUGUAUCUCCCGAUCGCUCUCGUAUAAACGACCCAUACAUAAGCCAUAGAUCGAGACAUACAUACAUACACGAUGAAACGAUAGAUAGAAGGAUACACACAUGAUGAUAAUGAUAAUGAUAAUGGUAACGGCAAUGAUAUAAACGUACGAAGCGCAUACCGACUUACAUGCAGACAUACACACACACACACACACACAUACACAGAGCUAGACAGAUAUCCCCUGUUUGUUUGGUCUACGCCGACCCCAAACUCACCCCCCUCCUUUUGCUAAUGAGUGAGUCCGUCAGUCACCCAAUGACCCACUCGCCAGAUGCGGGGCUUUCCCUCCUCUCCUGACCCUCAGACGACACCACAUCACACACACCCAAACCAGACCCGGUCCCCUCAACCACUCCCUGCCCCUCAGGCUGCUGCUGCUGCUGCAGCUCAGGCGCAGCACUGUCGACACUACUGUGGGCCGGGGUGCUGUCAGUGUGGGAGUUGGGUUGGGGUGGCUUCGAUGUGCGUCGCUUCUUCUUGCCGGCCACCAGGGAGUGGUAGGGCACAAAUGCCUUGGUGGCCGGAUCGUAGAAACCCUUACCUACACGGCAAGGCAUACAGACCAAUUGUUGGGGUGGGCUGGGUGUGUGGUGGGUGGGUGGCUCACAACUUACUGUCUCUGAGUCUGAAGGACUUCUUGCGUUCGUUCGUCUGCUGUCCGUUGGAGGCCUCCUUGGCCUCGACCAGCGAAUCUAGCUCCUCAUGCCACUUCCAACGCAACGGCGGCUCGUCCUCAGCUACCUCAACCUGACGUCACGUUCACACACACACACACACACACGGGCCGAAGAGUUCUUCACUCUGCUGGUGUGGUGUGGUGUGGUGUGGUGUGUUGCAGUGCUAUGACUGACCGUAUCGAAUCCCACCGGUCGGUACCGCUUAGGGCCGAGCGGGCCAGCCGCAGGCAGCUGCACACACGGAGGGCUGACACAUACAACAAACAACACAACACACACAUGCAGAAGGCCCCCCUCCUUGCCUCCCUCCCUCCCUCCCUCCCUCCCUCUCUCCCUGUCUCCCUGUCUGCGUACGGUGAGGGGUUGAGGCCGGCCAUGGAUCCCGCCUUCCCGCUGACCGACAGCGGUGCGGCCUCGAGUAUGAAGAUGUUGAGGGCCAGCUUGGUGCCCUGGGUCACCACCUCACCGGCAUGCUCGGCACGCUGGUCGAUGAGCCCCUCGUCAGUCACGUUGGGCCACAGCACCGCACGCCCCUCCUGGGCCGCCACCCGGACGCCCAUGUCGUAGCUGCUGGGCGCCUUGACGCGCGUGAAGAAGGUCGACCCGCCCGCCAUCGGACCCUUCAGAUACACCAACAUCGCUGCGCACAUACAGACACGGAAGAAACGAACUUCCAUACGUACUCUCUGUUUCCUUUCCCGUUGUCUGUCUGCCUUACUUGCGAGUCGCUUGAGUUGCAGUGCCUUCCGGCCGCAGCCCUCGAAGAAGAACUGCCCCCGCUCCUCACACCAGGCCCCGGAGUCGUGAUGCGGCCCGAAAUGGUGGCCCUUGUGGUACAGGAACGGUCGGGACACCUCCAGCUGCUCCAUGGGCACCCCCAGGCCGUCAGCUAUGCGCGUCACCAGUGGGUCCAGCAGCUCACGGGGCGGCAGACCUCGGCAGAUGAACGAAGUGCGGAUGGGGUCGGCCUCCAUUUUGCCGUCGCGGGCGACGGCCGCCCGCAUGCUGUUGGCCUUGUUCUUGAGGUGCCCGAAGCACCACUUCUUGAUGGCCUUGACCCACUCGGACGGCAUGAACUCGUCCACCACAUACACCGGCAGCUCAGUCAGACCCGACACACGCGACACCUGCCAGCCCUCAGGGAACCCCUCGACGCCGCCUGCAUCCCCGUCGGCAUCUGCAUGGUUGGUGUUGGAAGGGGCGUUGCCGAACAGGAGCCGAUGCAGCUUCUCGCAGCCGUCGAAUCGUGCCCGGGCGGCGUCUGCUGCUUGUGCGGUGGACACGGUGCCGGACGAUGGCUGUGGGGAGGGGCGGGAGGAGGACGGCCCGGGAUCGGUGGACGCCCCGCCGGGCAUCUCAGAUCUCCUCUGAGAGCGAUGAAUGCAGCAGAACUAGGACAUCGUCAGACUGUCAGAGGGCGUCGGGGGAGGUCUACAUGCAAGAAGGGCAGCGAAGCGAUGGAUGCUGCCGAGGAGAAGAGACCCAGAUAGAGCCACUGCGGCCUCAAACACAAGAGAAA